AUAACUCCUUUUCUUACUUAGGUGACGUUCUGCAGAUUUCGAGCUCACCAGUGGUGUUUCAUUCUGUUUAAUGUCAUACUAUUUCAUGCCUUGCUCUUUGGAGCUGACUUUGUGGAAGAAUACUUUUUACGUUCUUUGCCUCAUACUGAUAUGAAAAUUCUUGAAAUUAAGAACAAGGCAAGAAAACUGAACAUGGAAUCCAUAAGAAGUAAUCCUUCCAAGUAUUAUGUUCUGAGCCAGCCAGAGGCAUGUAAUGGGAAGACCAUCUUUCUGCUCUCUCUUAUCUUCAGUAGCCCAGGGAAUGGAACAAGACAGGAGCUCAUCAGGAAAACCUGGGGCAGUGUUACCAGUGUCCAGGGAGACCCAAUUUUCACACUGUUUGCUCUGGGAAAGCCAGCUCUGGUAACUACCCAGGAAGAGAUAGACAUAGAGUCUCAGAAGAAUGAUGAUAUAAUUGAAGGGAUCUUCUUGGACAGUCCGGAAAACCAAACCCUGAAAGUCAUCUCAAUGACCCAGUGGGCUGUGGCCUUUUGUCCUAAUGCCCUGUUCAUCCUCAAAGCUGAUGAAAAGAUGUUUAUCAAUUUAUCAGGCUUGGUCGACUAUCUCCUCAGUCUAAAAGAACACCUGGAAGGUACCUAUGUAGGAAGGGUUAUUCACCAGGAUACGCCUAACAGAGACCCCCACAGCCAAGAAUUUGUCCCUCUUAGUGAGUACCCAGAAAAACACUACCCAGACUACUGCAGUAGUGAGGCCUUUAUAAUGUCCCAAGAUGUGGCUCACACGGUGUAUGUGGUCUUGAACGAAGCACCUAUAACAGUGCCCACUGAUGUAUUCGUAGGGAUUGUGCUGUGCUAAGUCUGUUGGGCUUACACCCAUCCACAGCUCAAGGUUUUCUGGGCAAAGACACAUUGUGUAUAACAAUGUUGCUACAAGUUCAUCUUUACAUCCUCAGAAGCUACAGAUGCUGAAACUUCCCUGGCAUGGAGAGAAAUGAAUGAAGGGAAAGAGUGUUCACUGUUUGAGACUUACUAUGGGCUCAUUUCCUGCAAACUUCAGACAUACCUUGACAGCUUUAGACAUUUUCAUAUGGGGACCAAGUAAGGCAGUGCUGUGCACUUUGGUGAAUAGUAUUCACUUGUUUUUCUUUUAAGUCUCUUGUUUUGAAAUUGCUGUUGGUCCAUUAUAGAACGCAACUCUAUGUCCCCAUGCCAUGUAGCAACUCUGAAUCUUUAGUCAUACCUAGAAAAACCACAAAAUGUUCUUGGUG